AUUUCAACUGGCGUUGUACUGGGGAACGUUACUGCUGCUUCACUUUUUCUCAGAAAACGGAAAUUACAUACUCGAGCUGUUUACUUUCUCAUGAGUCUCGCCUUUUCUGACAUCAUAGUGGGUAGUGUUGGAAUACCUUCGUUUAUCUACAUCCUCGCAAAUUCAGUGGAGUUUCCUAAUUUCGUGUACACUCUAUGGAAUGCUAUUGAUGUUUUUGGCGCAACAGCAUCUAUUUGGUAUUUAAUGAUGAUAAGUAUAGAAAGGUUUUAUGCUGUUGGCUGGCCAUUUCUUCAUCGCGUAUCCUCCAAAAGGCCAUAUUUCUGUCUUAUUGUCCUCGUUUGGAGCAUAUCAGUAGCACUGAGUUGUAUAACUGUGACGGAGGCCUCUAGAUGGCCCCAUUAUACACUGUUUGUUUCCAUGGUAUCUUUUGUGUUGCCUUUAACAGUAAUCCUUUUUGUCUACUUGGCUAUGUUUUUUAUUGCUUUAAAAAGUGUUAGACUGAAUACCCGUCAGACUCAGAGCGCCGAGAAAGACACUCGUCUCGCCAAAGCGAUAUUAUUAAUCAUUGGUUGUUUCAUAGUCGCUUGGGCUCCAUUCUUUGGCCUGAAUUUUGCAUACUGGGCGUGCCAUUCAUGUGUUGAUAUUGAAUACGAGCUUAUUCUUGUGUUCAAGGUACUUCAAUACAGUAGUUCGCUUGCAAAUCCUAUCAUAUACACCUUAAGGAUCCCUGGUUGUUACCAAGCAUUCGUGGAGCUGUGUGGCCAUUGGUUGAGGUGUCAAAAAACUAAUUAUUUAGAAAAUCCGGAGUAUCCUUUAGCUCCAAAUGAAGACAUAGCUUUAGUUAGAUUCCGACACAUCGACAACCCUCCCUUUCACUGCUUUUCUUUGCUUGUCAACUCAGCAGAUCCCUUGAUGAAAUCAUCGACGUCAGGGAGCAAAGGAAAAACGUCAAGACCUUUUCGCAAGUCUAAAAACUUGACUUUUACAUCUAUGGUGUAG